GCUGAGGCAGCUAGACCCAGAAACUAGUUCAUACGAUUCAGUGAAUUUUAAAAGGAGCGGUAUUCUUGUGUGUGCCCCCUCUCAAAGGGUCCUUGGGCCUGGCUCCAGUUCCAGGGAAGCCCUGUGGGGGAGCAAUGAAGACCCCAGGUGUCCUGCAUGGGCCGCGCGGAGGACCCCUCUCACAGGGCUCAGUGGCUGCCCAUCAAUACAGUGGUCCCUGCCUGGCAUUGCAGGAGCAACACCUCCUGGAAGAGCUUGCCCGUGCCUGGAGGGGGCCCAGCAGAGGAGCCCAUCCGUCAGCGCUGCCUCCAGAGGCACCCCCUGGGAUCCCGGCUUCACCCGGCUACCCCUCUGCCUCCCCAGCUCCACCGGUCCUGGAGCUGCCUCGGGUCAUCCAACACUCGGUCCCCCAGCCUCCCGCCACCAUCAUCCAGCAGCUCCCUCAGCAGCCACUCAUCGCACAGAUCCCGCCUCCCCAGGCCGUCCCAGCUCAAAGGCCAGGAAGCAUUAAGGAAGACAUGGUGGAGAUGAUGCUGCUGCAGAACGCACAGAUGCACCAGGUCAUCAUGCAGAACCUGAUGCUCCAAGCCCUGCCCCCAGCAGCCCCUGUGUCCUCCAGGGGACCACAGGCCACACUCCAGCACCCCACAUUACAGGGCUGCACCUGACAGUUUCCUGCCCCCACCGGCUCCUAGCCAGUGAGUCCCCCUCACCUAUUGAGCCCUUGGUCCCUCACCCCCAGGGGCGUGGUCUGAAAGCCCAGGCGGAAGCCUAGCAGCAUCUCUGGAUGCCAGACUGAAGAUCACAAAGAAAUAUGGGAAUUUCGUCAGAGCAAAUGGCCAGAAGUCACAGGAAGAAGAUCCACAGAUUUAGCCACAUAAAAAUCUAAACCUUCCUAUGAGAAAAAAAUACCACAAAGUUAAAUCUAAUGAUGCCUGGGAGAUGUCUGCCCCAUGGUGGCUGCAGACCAGAAUGUGCUACCUGAGGAGCAAGCACUUGUGACCUGCCAGCUCGGCCUUCCUCCUGCAAAGAGCCCGAGGAGCUGCUCAGGGCUCUUGUGAAGGGGGGUUUGGGGACCGAGGCCCUUCUGGUUCUGUUGGCUUUCUUACCUGAUGAAUCCGUCCCCUUUACUCUUGCUGUACUUUUUGUUACUUUAUUUUCCUUUGGUGGAAUUAUGUUCCCUUCUUUUAAGUAUUGUUUUCAUGUAAGUGUCAUUUUUUAACAGUAUACAUAUUUUCAUGGCCCCUCUUAGGACACAUGAUCAGGUUUGUUACGUUGUUACGUUGUUCACAAGCAGGGACGCUGUCUUUGCACCCCUGGGUUCUCCAGGAGGAUGUUGGAUGAAGUGUGACGUCUGCUUUGCUGCAAGUUCCCUCCGGGCUGACGUCAGGGCUGGGCCGUCCCCACAGCCAGGCUGUCCCUCAGCCACCUCUCUUGUUAAAUGCACCAAUUAAAGGUCUGACUGUAUUUCCUCUUUCACAGAAACUUUUUCUAACAUGGCUUUCA